UUCCGUAUUUCCUCCCUCUCAGAAUUCAGAAAAAAUCGCCAUUGCUGUGUAGUUGAGUUUUUAAGAGAGAGAAAGGGGGAAAUCUUCAUUUUUAGAGAGAGAAAUUAGGGUUUUCCAUUUCUCUUUUACACACUCUCUCUCUUUCUCUCUCCAACUGUUUCCUAAUUCGCCGCGAUCGGAUUGUUAAUUUGUGUUCGAUUUAUCAUUCCAAUUUGAUCGCAUUGUGUUUCUCAGCUUAUAUCAGAUCCUCAGCCAUGGUGUUCUGGAUUUUUGGCUAUGGUUCAUUGGUGUGGAACCCAGGUUUUGAGUACGAUGAGAAAGUGAUUGGUUACAUCAAGGACUACAAACGAGUUUUUGAUCUUGCAUGCAUUGACCAUAGGGGUACACCGGAACAUCCAGCCAGAACUUGUACUUUGGAAUACAGCGAAGGAUCUCUAUGUUGGGGUGCUGCCUAUUGUGUUAAAGGAGGUCCUGAAAUAGAAUCAGCAGCAAUGCAGUAUUUGGAGCGAAGGGAGUGUGAAUAUGAUCACAAGAUAACUGUUGAUUUCUACAAGGAAGGGGAGGAUCUCGAACCUCUAGUCACUGAAGUGAUUGUCUUCAUGUCCACUCCUGAUACAGUAUCAAACAAAUACUAUCUGGGGCCAGCCCCAAUGGAUAAAAUGGCCUGGCAAAUUGCAACUGCUCUUGGACCAUGUGGUAACAACCGGGAGUAUCUUUUCUUGCUUGAAAAGGCCCUGCGUGAUAUAGAUCACGAAGAUGAUUAUGUGAUUGAGCUAGCCAAUGAGGUGAGAAAUGUACUUGACGUUGUGAAGGGAGCAACGAUGGAGAAAAAGCUCAUUGCGACACCACAUGUCACUGUUAAAGAUAACAUUCCAUCUCUUCAGCAUCUUCCUCGCCAAGAAGCUGUAGCAAUGGACUCAUAAGUUAUAACAUCUACGGAGAGAAUGUUAGUCGUAGGAAGAAAAAAGCGCCCUAACAGCAGUUUUCUGUAUGCCCUCUUAAUCUCCUUUGACUGAUUGUAGGCAGAGAGUAUUACUUGAUACAAGAAACCCUAACAUGGAAGAGAGAUAUUAGUGGCCUGGAUGUACGUCAGCUUAUUUACCCCAUUGCUUUGACUAAAAUGAAGCAAUUAUGUAAGAUGAUUAUUGACAAGGAAGUAACUGUUAAAUUAUA